CAGAUUUAUUUCCCCUGAAUUAAGCAAAUAAUAAAGUGAAAGUGGUCUGAGUUGAUGUGGAGUGUGCGAAGAUUUGUGUUGAAUGGCUAUACAAGAUUGAAGUAUACAGAAUACAGAUUCUCAACAACAGACAUAAAGAUGAGUCGUUUUGAUCUUUAUAUUAAGGCAGGCAGAGAUGGUAAAUGUGUUGGAGAUUGUCCAUUUUCGCAGAGAGUAAACCUUUUCACACAUUUUAAAUGUCCUGAAUCAACUUGUUGUAUUAAAACUGUUAAUGUCUUGGAGAAAACACCUGAAUUCCUGCAACUGAAUCCUGAAGGGAAGGUUCCAGUAUUGGUGGAUAAAGAAGCAGGUAACAAAGUUAUAACAGAUUCUAAAGAUAUCAAUAUCUAUAUCAACGAUUUGUUUCCGCAACCAGAUAUGAAGAUUGAUUAUGAUGGUCCUGCCGUAGCUGCCACAAAUGGUAUUUUUGGUAAAAUGGCAGCCUUACUGAAGAAUUCUGAUGCCUCAGCCAUUCCUGCCUUGAGGGAGGAACUCACAGCAGAAUUACAGAAAUUUGAAGAUUACUUAAAGAAGAGAGAAAACAAAACAAAAUAUUUGAUCGAAGAUAAAAUGAUGGAGAUCGACUGUCAGUUAUUACCUAAAUUACAUCAUUUGCAGGUUGCUGGUAAAUAUUUUCAAAAAUAUGAAAUUCCUCAAGAAUAUACGAAUGUGUGGAAUUAUAUCAAAAAUGGAGAAUCUACUGUGGAGUGGAAAGAUACAGUUUGUACAGAUGAAGACAUUAUAUCUGGGUGGUCUCGACAUAAUAUUGUUAAAGUGUAAUUCUCUCUCUGAUUGUUUUUAUCAGAAUAUAAACUUUUUGAUAACUUU